AUGUCUCGGAUUGAAUGUCACACCAAAGUUUGCCCAAAUGAAGCUCAGAUCGAAUACAGAGAAUUAGCGGAGCGCAUACCAAUCGACUGCUUAAUGGAGCUUUUUGAUCAAAUGAAAACGCGCAUAAGGAAAGCCAUGAAAGAAAAGUACAAGGAAUUGAAAGGAAAACUAAAAAAGUUACAAACGAGUCAAGAAGGAGUGAACAAAAAACAGAGAGAGAAACCCGAAUUCCAUGCCAGGUUCGUAAACCUUACAGAAGUUCUCAUCAACAAAGAAGAAUCGCGAGUUUUAGAAAAAGGGCUCAAACAUAAUAUCCAGAAUUACAAUAAGGAAAAGGAAAUUGAGCAGACAAUUGUAGAUGCGGAAAUAGCUAUAUCUAUGCUGCCGAAAGAGGAACAGGAACACACUAGACACAGGUGCAAACAGUUAAUUGAAAAGGAAAUCAAAGCCAAAGGAAACAAAAACCACAGCAAAGAAAGCAAUAUAAUUAAAGGUCUGAAGCAGAAACUAAAAAACAACAACGUAAUCACGACCAAAGCUGACAAAGGAAACACAACUGUACUAAUGAAUAGAGAUGAAUACAUACAAAAAACGGAACAGCUUAUCAAAGAAACUAGAUGUAGGAAGUUAGCAAAGGAUCCCACUGAGGAAUACCAGGCCACAAUAAAAGAGACCAUAAAGAAAGCUACAAAAAUAAUAAAGCCGAACCAAAUACAUACAUUGACAAUCAUGAAUCCAUCAGCUCCUCCGAUGAAUGCACUACCUAAAAUCCACAAACUUGGCACACCCAUGAGACCAAUCAUAAACCACAGAUCGGCCCCAAGCUAUAAACUAUCAAAACACUUAAAAACUAUACUAAAGGACAACCUUCGAUUGCCCAAUAAGUACACAAUAUCUAAUACAACGGAAUUGAUUGAAAAAAUAAAAGACUCAGCGAUCACGAUGGAUACUAAACUGGUAUCAUUCGACAUAAAAGAUCUAUACCCAUCGAUACCAAUAACGGAAACAAUAGAUAUCGUAUUCAAAAUACUGAUUGAAAAAACAGGAAACAGAGAAAUCGCCGUAGAGAUAACUAAUACACUCAGAACGACGUUGCAUCAAAAUUACUUCAAAUUUAACAACAACAUAUACAUGCAAACAAACGGGCUAGGCAUGGGCAACCCCACAUCGGCGAUCCUUAUGGAGGUAUUCAUGCAGAAUCUGGAAGAAAG